GGGUGUGGAAUUUCUAUGACUACUUUCGGGGCGGAUCGCCGGCGGUGCUGAUCGGUCCUAAAUUCCUGGAUCAAUGCAGUUUUUUUCUGAUUGAAGCUGUUGUCUCCACCAUUGAAGCUCUGCUUCUGGUGAUUAUGCAAAUUAGUAGUAAUGAUUGGAAGGAAGGAAGCCGCAGGAGCGGUCGGUGUCGCGGUCGCGGGGUCGGUGAUGGACGGCGACGGCGGAGCGAGGUCGGAGGAGGAAGAGGAGGCGGAGAGGCGGAUGGAGGAGGAGGUGCGGCGGGCGGUGGAGCUGGCGAAGGAGCUCCAGGACGCCGCCGCCGCGCAUGUCGCCCGCGCGUCGAGCGAGGAGCAGUCGGUGCGGCAGCGCACGCUCGCGCUCGACUCGUCCAUCCGCCGCCUCCGGGCCGCCGUCGGUGCUCACGCGAGCGGCGGGCUGCUGGAUUCGAAGCUCGCGGAGAGGCUCGAGGAGGAGCUGCAGAGGGCCAGGUGCAUCGUGGCCGACGGAGACGCGUCGUCGUUUCUUCCGUCGAAAGCUCAAGGCGGCUUCGUGAGGAUGUUUCUGGGUCCGAUUAACGUGCGUGCCUUGAGGAAAGAGGUGCAGCUGAAAGUCAAGGAAGAGUAUAACAGUUACAGAGAUAGAACCGCUCUCCUCUUUCUCAUUUUCCCAUCUGCACUUCUGGUGUUAAGAUCUUGGCUGUGGGAUGGAUGUUUUCCGACAUUUCCUGUUCAGCUGUACCAGGCAUGGCUAUUAUUCCUCUACACUGGUUUGGCAUUGAGAGAAAACAUACUAAGCAUCAAUGGAAGUGAUAUUAGGCCAUGGUGGAUAUACCAUCACUACUGUGCAAUGAUUAUGGCCCUCGUCAGCCUAACAUGGGAGAUCAAAGGACAACCAAACUGUGCUCAAAAGCAGAGAGGUGUACAACUUUUCCUUCAAUGGGCUAUAAUGCAAGGAGUUGCGAUGCUUCUACAGAAUAGAUAUCAACGUCAGAGACUUUACACUCGCAUUGCACUGGGCAAGGCUAAGAGAAUGGAUGUUGUCUGGGGAGAAACUGCAGGUGUGGAUGGCCAAUUAUGGCUUCUUUGCCCUAUACUUUUCAUUAUGCAGGGUUUUGAGGCCUAUGUGGGGUUCCUGCUGCUCCAAACUGCAUUAGUUGGGGUAGUUUCUGAAUGGCAGGUGAUAUUCUGUGGGAUCCUGUUGGUUCUGAUGGCCGUUGGGAACUUUGCAAAUACCAUACAGACUCUGAUGGCUAAGUCGAGGUUUAAGGCAAAGAUGAAGAGAACAAAGAGCAAGCAGGAACUAGAUUAAGCAUCUUGAACUAGUAUGUUGAUCUUUACGUAGCUCCUGAUUGUGUUUUAGUAAUCUUUUCCCCCUCAUGUAUUCUGAUAUUAUCUGAAUCGUCCUCCAAAUAACACCAGAGGCGUCAUUCCGUUGAUCAUGGAAAUUUUCUUUUGACCAAA